GAACCGAGGAUUUGGGCGGCAGGAAGAGCCGCGGCGUAACGGCAGCCAUCUUGUUUGUUUGAGUGAAUCCGAAAGGAGGCGGCGGCCUUGGCGGCGGCGGGAGCAGCUCCGAAGCUACAUUUCACAAGGGCUCCCCCCCCUUUCCCCGCCCCCUCCCCCGACCCUUUUCCCCUCCCCGGGCCACCCAGCCCGCCCAACUAACUCCCAGCGGAGAGCCAGGUUUCCUCCUGUUUUAGACUAAAACAGAACCAUGUUUUACGCACAUUUUGUCCUCAGUAAAAGAGGGCCUCUGGCCAAAAUUUGGCUAGCAGCCCAUUGGGAUAAGAAGCUAACCAAAGCCCAUGUGUUUGAGUGUAAUUUAGAAAGCAGUGUGGAGAGCAUCAUUUCACCAAAGGUGAAGAUGGCACUGCGAACAUCAGGACAUCUCUUACUGGGAGUAGUUCGAAUCUAUCACAGGAAAGCUAAAUACCUUCUUGCAGACUGUAAUGAAGCAUUCAUUAAGAUAAAGAUGGCUUUUCGGCCAGGUGUUGUUGACCUGCCUGAGGAAAAUCGGGAAGCAGCCUAUAAUGCCAUCACUUUACCUGAAGAAUUUCACGACUUUGAUCAGCCACUGCCAGACUUAGAUGACAUCGAUGUAGCCCAGCAGUUCAGUCUGAAUCAGAGUAGAGUGGAAGAAAUAACCAUGAGAGAAGAAGUUGGGAACAUCAGUAUCCUACAGGAAAAUGAUUUUGGUGACUUUGGAAUGGAUGAUCGUGAAAUAAUGAGAGAAGGCAGUGCUUUUGAGGAUGACGACAUGCUAGUAAGCACUAGUGCUUCUAACCUCCUCUUAGAGCCUGAACAGAGCACCAGCAAUCUGAAUGAGAAAAUUAACCAUCUAGAAUAUGAAGACCAAUAUAAGGAUGAUAAUUUUGGAGAAGGAAAUGAUGGUGGAAUAUUAGAUGACAAACUUAUUAGUAAUAAUGAUGGUGGUAUCUUUGAUGAUCCGCCUGCCCUCUCUGAGACAGGGGUGAUGUUGCCAGAGCAGCCUGCACAUGAUGACAUGGAUGAGGAUGAUAACGUCUCAAUGGGUGGGCCUGAUAGUCCUGAUUCAGUGGAUCCUGUUGAACCAAUGCCAACGAUGACUGAUCAAACAACACUUGUUCCUAAUGAGGAGGAAGCAUUUGCUUUGGAGCCCAUUGAUAUAACUGUCAAAGAAACUAAAGCCAAGAGGAAGAGGAAGCUAAUUGUUGACAGUGUCAAAGAGUUGGAUAGCAAGACCAUUAGAGCACAACUUAGUGAUUAUUCUGAUAUUGUUACAACUUUGGAUCUUGCACCACCCACCAAGAAAUUAAUGAUGUGGAAAGAGACAGGAGGAGUGGAAAAACUUUUCUCUUUACCUGCUCAGCCUUUAUGGAAUAACAGACUACUGAAGCUUUUUACGCGCUGUCUUACACCACUCGUACCAGAAGACCUUAGAAAAAGGAGAAAAGGAGGAGAGGCGGAUAAUUUGGAUGAGUUCCUCAAAGAAUUUGAAAAUCCAGAGGUUCCUAGAGAUGACCAGCAACAGCAGCAUCAACAGCGUGAUGUUAUUGAUGAGCCCAUUUUAGAGGAGCCAAGCCGCCUCCAGGAGUCAGUGAUGGAGGCCAGCAGAACAAACCUGGAUGAAUCAGCCAUGCCCCCACCACCACCUCAGGGAGUUAAGCGAAAAGCUGGACAGAUUGACCCAGAACCCGUGAUUCCUCCUCAGCAGGUAGAACAGAUGGAAAUACCACCUGUAGAACUUCCCCCAGAAGAACCUCCUAAUAUCUGUCAGCUAAUACCAGAGUUAGAACUUCUGCCAGAAAAAGAAAAGGAAAAAGAGAAGGAGAAAGAGGAUGACGAAGAGGAAGAAGACGAAGAUGCUUCAGGGGGUGAUCAGGAUCAAGAAGAAAGGAGAUGGAAUAAAAGGACUCAACAGAUGCUUCAUGGUCUUCAGCGAGCCCUUGCUAAAACUGGAGCUGAAUCUAUCAGUUUGCUUGAAUUAUGUCGAAACACAAACAGAAAGCAGGCUGCAGCAAAGUUCUACAGCUUUUUGGUCCUUAAAAAGCAGCAAGCUAUUGAGCUGUCACAGGAGGAGCCAUACAGUGACAUCAUUGCAACACCUGGACCCAGGUUCCAUAUUAUUUGAAGAGCUAGAGGCACUGUACCUAGUGUUCGUUCACUAGGGCGUACAAAUUGCCCCCAUGUGUAGGGCACACAAAACCCUUUAAGAAAAUUUUUAGAUUUUUGUACAAAAUCCUUGCCUUUUCUGUCUUCAUUUUUUUCCAGUAUUUUUAAUUUGUCCAUCACAUCUUUAAGGGAAACUGCUUGUAUGGGUUGUGCUUGUGUUCUGAUGGAGAAAACAGCGCCCAAAGGACCCAGAAGACUAUUUUAACAGUUCAGAACAGAUGUGUGCAAUAUUGGUGCAUGUAAUAAUGUUGAAUAACAGUCAAAAGUCAUAAUUUUUAGUGAUUUUUUUUUUCUUUUGGUGGUACUGGGGUUUGAACUCAGGACCUCAUGCUUGCUAGGCAGGUGCUCUACCACUUGAGCCACUCCACCAGCCCAAAAGUCAUAAUUUUUAAUCUUCAUUCUCUAUUAUCAUGUUGGAAAGGAAAACCUGUCUAGGAAAAUGCCUGGCAGUUUAAUUAAGAACUCUGGUGUGUGUCCUUUGACAGGAAGAGAAAAUGUCUUCCCAUCAGUAAAACCAGCAAUGUGGUUAUUAGGGAUAGUACGUGAAGCAACAGAGAUCAUCCUCUUUGAGAUAUGUUUUUAAUGUGUAAUUCCAUAAUGAGCACGAGUAUGUGAAUUUGUGUUGUGACUGAUCCCCUGCAGCUACCAAAAGAUAGGACUAGCUUGGUUCAAGUGUUCUGUCUUACAAAUCAUUCCAUUUGAGUCUUUAUGCUAAACUUUGCUGUCCUGAACUCUGUUUUAGUGCAGCUUCAAAAUGAGCAGAAAUAGACUUGUAAAAGUGGAAUGACUUUAAAAACAUUUAUAACUUUCUGGGAGCUAUAAAUCAGAGUUUUAAAAGAUGUUUGGAUAUAUUUGAGUAUUCAGCUCAUGAAAAUAGAAAUUCCUCUGCCUACUAAAAGUGUAGACUUACGGAAAAUAACCUUUAAGCAAACAAUGCUGUAAAAACUAAUGGCUUCUCUGAUAUUUAUUAUAAAUGUUAGUACUGAUCUCUUUCCAAUGCUGCACACUCCUGUAUUUGGAACUCUUAUUAUAAUAGCUUUGCAAUUGAAAUAUUAUAUCUGGUUCCCUAUAAUUUAAAUGAAGAAAAACACAUCCAGAUAGGCUUUAUUAACAGACCAGAUAGCACCAGAAAUUAGGUGUCUAUUACGAUUAUCAGAACAUGUCUUAACUUUUUAAGGCAAAAUUAUGCUGAAAGUUCUAGCUUAAGUGUUGGCACUUUUGUGGGAAAAAAAAUCACUUUUAAAACUCAGACUUCAUUGUAUACCCAGUAAUUUAAAAUUAUGUGAAAUAUUUUAAAUUUGUGAACUCGUAAUUACUGUUUUAAUGAUUCAUUUUCUUGAGAAUGGUAAUUGUUUAAAAUUGCUAUUGCAGUUUUAUUUUCAAUAUGAUGUGCCUGUAAACCAUGGAUCUUCCCCCCGCCCCCCUUUCCCCCUCC